AUGUUACUUCGUCACACUACCAUAGGAAAGUCGCCUCCUCAGUCACCAAAGUUGGCGGCCACCUUCAAAGCUGAAUUCAGCCCUACUACAGGCGAUAAUAUUUUUGAAAAAGCACCAUGUGUGUCCUUCAUCACCGAUGAUACAGACACAAAUAAACUAGAAACGGUUACGGAAGUCAACGAAAGGCGCAAAUGGAGAAGAGCAGCACUGGCUGUUGCAAUAGCCAGUUUAAUGGCUUCGCUUUUGUUCUGCGCGGCUUCGCUAUUCGGCGCGGCCACUAUGGGAAGUUCGGCCGUCCUUGCUUCAGCCCUUGAUACGCUGUUGGCCGUACUUGGCUCUGCUGUGGUGAUCUGGCGGUUUAGCGAUGACAGAAACGGCUCAGUUGGUUCCAAGAGAGAGAAGUAUGGAUCGAUAGUAUUUGGCGUUAUGUUCACAGUAAACGGCGUCAUAUCAAUAGUGGUAUCCACAUUUCAUUUGCUGGACGAACAUAGACCGACAGACACUAACAUCACGUGGCCAGCUUUGCUUUGUUUCAGCUUUGUUUACCUUGUUCUGACCAUUCUUGAGAACUGGAUAUAUCGACAAAAUAAGAGCUCCGUACUUUUUACGCUAUUCGUCGAUGAUGCGGCGACCAGUGCCAUUAUGUUUGGUCUUUUUAUUAGUGCACUACUACUUGAUCAAAUCCCGAGCUUGUGGUAUUUAGACCAUGCGGUUGCUAUUGCGCUUGCGUUGGUUCUUAUAGCAACAGGCUUGAAGAUCUUUGUGGAUAUUUUUGUUUACAACGAACUUCCUUUCCAUUAA